GGCUUUCUUAUGUCCAUCCCAACCCCCAGCUACCUGCAAGGCAUAGACAAGAAGAGGAGUUAGCCAGUUCCUGGUUUAGCCAAAACAUUGUUCCUACUUAGAGUCUACCAGAGAGGCAGUACAGAGGACUCCGUUCUGGAAAUGAUGGACAGGUGUGAGCGCUCUGAUGCCCCUGUGUGCUGAGGUGUCCUGUGCUAUCUUCUAGAUGUGGAAGUCCUGUACUCUCUAUGGCAUAUUUGAUCCUUGCAUCUCUGUCAGCUGCUACCAUGAGAUACACCACAGAAAUCAAGAAGUCCCCACCACACCUCCUGAAGCAGUUUGCAGCUUCUAAAUUCAGGAGCAAUCCUCAACCCACGCUGCUAGCUGAAGCUCACGCUGUACCUCAGUGUGCAUAUUGCACAGAACGACCUGACCUGGCCACCCCAGCGGUCAUGUGUUAGCCAUCUCGGAUGCCUGGUUGGAGCCUGUGCCUGGCUUGUCUCAGCUGAAAUGCCUUAUCACCUGGAUCCUCAGCGGCCCUUGUAUUAUGCUCAUUUGUGACAUCCCUCUGUAUGACAUCUGUGACUACAACGUCACCAGGGACCAGUGUAAGCAGCUCGGGUGUUGUUUCUACAAGAGCGUCUGCUAUGAGAAAGCUGUUCCCAUUUACGUCCAGGUGUUCUCCAUCCUGAUUGUGGUUAUGGCAGGGGCCUUCAUCAUCGGCAUCAUUUACAGGGUUGUACAGGAGAUUAAAAGAGAGAGGGAACUCUGCAUGGAGUACAUGCCACCACCACCGCCACCGCCACCAUUAGUUAAGACCCUUGAGGAGCCUGAGACAUCUGUUCAAAUAUCCUCCCCUACACCCUCACCUUCAAUUUCCUCUAGAGUCCCCUCCGUGAAGGAGACUGAGACCCAAGAAAAGAAAGCCUCAGUGACCACCUCACAACCACAGGAGAAGAAAGAAGACACCAAUGGCAAUGUCCCGCCCCAGGCAGCACCUUGAAUGUCUGCGACAGAGAGACCGUCUGUGAGAAAAAAAUAAAGGUAUUUUUUUUUG